UCAUCAAAUUAAAGAUGGCCCGUACCAAGCAGACUGCCCGUAAGUCCACUGGUGGCAAGGCUCCCCGUAAGCAGCUCGCCUCCAAGGCCGCUCGCAAGGCUGCCCCCUCUACCGGCGGUGUCAAGAAGCCCCACCGUUACAAGCCCGGUACCGUCGCUCUGCGUGAGAUCCGUCGCUACCAGAAGUCCACUGAGCUUCUGAUCCGCAAGCUCCCCUUCCAGCGUCUGGUUCGUGAGAUCGCCCAGGACUUCAAGUCGGACCUGCGCUUCCAGUCCUCCGCCAUCGGUGCUCUCCAGGAGUCCGUUGAGGCCUACCUCGUCUCUCUGUUCGAGGACACCAACCUCUGCGCUAUCCACGCCAAGCGUGUUACCAUCCAGAGCAAGGACAUCCAGCUGGCCCGCCGUCUCCGUGGCGAGCGCUCCUAG